AUUUGGAGGAAACGGGAAUGGCAGUCGCAGGCAGUUCUUCAAUUGCAAUUCAAAGCAGCGACACCACCAAUAACAUCUCCAAUUCCCCGUCGCACCGCAAUCAAGCACAGGGAGCUUUGAGCCGACCAACUUACGAACUGGGUCUUGGCUGCAUACCUGUUUCGUACUCUCGCCAUCGUCAAUUGAGUUCCUUUUUCCCCAAGUAACUCCCGGUCCCUCGUGUGAUUCCACCGUCUGUAGUGGUCGCCCACGUCACUCGACGCUUCCUGUCGCGUACCGAUUCCGAUCCGACACACCACAUCACAUCGCAUCAAACCAGACCAGACCAAAUUCAGGGCACACUGCAUACAGCAUAGUCGCAGUCACAGUCGUAUCCGACAUACAUUCUCCAUAUUAUACCCCUUCUUUCUCCCUCCUCUCUUAAUCCUUCUCCUCCUUCCUCUCGCCCAUCAUGUCCGCCGUCCCGGCCUGGAAGCGAUUGGGUCUCAAGCUCAAAGGAUCUGCUGGUGACAGUCCUGCGGCCGCCCCCUCGACGACAACAAGCACGCCAUCCGCCACCCGUCAGCCAGCUCCCGCGACCAGCGCACUCAAGAGGAAACUGCCAUCCCAGCAACAGUCCUUCAACAACCAGAACAACUACCCUGCACAAAACAAGCGAUUCCGUUCCGAUAACGCACCAGCAGCACAGAGAAAGUCCGUCUCCUUCUCCCAAGAAACCAAGACCACCUCCACCACCGACGCCGCCGCCAAGGAGAAGAAGCGCGAGAAGAAGAAGGCCAAAAAGGCCAAGCAGGCCUCCAAAAAGUCCGCCGAACAGUCCAAGAAAUCAAAGUCCGACACCAACCUCGAGCCCUCCCUCGCCUACCUGCGCCAGUGGCACUCGGCCCGCGACCAGUGGAAGUUCAACAAGAACCACCAGACGCUGCUGAUCAAGUACGUGUUCGAGUCCGACAAGAUCCCCUCGGCCGACGUGCCCCUCUUCUACCAAUACAUCCGCGACCUGAAGGGCUUUGUGCGCACGCGGCUGCGGGAGCAGGCGCAGGAGAUCAAGAAGAAGGAUAUGGAGGCUGGCGCUAGCGCGUUCCCCGGUGGGGACAAGGCGAAGGAGAAGAACGAGGAGAGGCAGAAGCAGUAUGAGGAUGCGAUUGCAAGGUUCUUGGACGAUCAGAAGGAACGGAUGCAAGAGAAGAGCAAGAAGCGCAGCUUUGACGAGGUCGAGUUUGUCUUGAGGAUAGCGCCCGGCGGCAGCGGCAGCGGCAGCGGCAAGAAGGAGAAGAAGGACAAGAAGAAGAAGGAGGAGACGAACGACAAGGAGGGUGCGGUGGACAAGGAUGUCAAGGAGCGCUUGAUCAAGCGGAUUCGUGCCGAGAUGGUGCUGGAGGAGCUGGCGGACUCUGAGGACGCUACUUCCACCACUGCUACCACCACCACUUCUACCUCUGCUUCUGCCUCCACCGCCGCCGCUGCCGCCGCGCCUGCUUCUCAACCACAGACCGCCAGGGCCUCGACAGACGGUCAACAUCCCGCUAAGCGCCGCAGGUUACGUAACAAGCGUACGGACAUCAGCGACAGCGAGAGCUCGGACUCUUCGGACAGUGAUAGCAGUGACUCCGAUUCUGACUCGGACGAGGAGAUGGCCGAUGCGGGAGCCAAGACAGCCACCACCAGCACUUCCUCAUCCUCCUCAUCGUCGUCGUCUUCGAGCUCAGAGGCGGAGUCUUCUGAGUCGGAAAACGAGAAGAGCGAUAGCUCGGAAAGCAGCGACAGCGACAGCGACUGAGCUUGAUUUCUGUAAUUUAGAGGAGUUAUUUAUUCUUGUUUAGACGUAUGUUCGGUUGGGGUUAGAGUAAAAAGCUUUUCUGUACAUUCUUGGUUUUUAGGGUGGUUGUAAGGAUAAAUACUGUUGAUUCGCAUGUUCACAUACAUUAUUGAGUACGUAUGGAAUGAGAAUCGUAAAAGAGUUUCGAGGAAACCAAUCAAUCACCUCCAAC